UCUUCUUUAAGGCGAAGGCAUACCCUGGGCUGUUGUCCAGACUACCGGCCGGACUAAAAGCCAAAAGCAAAAAGACAGUACAUAUCUUAUUUAUGUUUUAGUACGUAUAGAUGAGGAAUUUUGUUUAAGAUCAUGGCAUCAAAACCACAAGCGCUGAGUAUAUCAGCCACCACUAUGGCAUUAAAAGGAGUCAGGAUCUUCCUCAAUGCUGGUCGGGCGGCUGCAGAAAGAAGAGUCCACAUAGCUCCGGUGUCAAAGGAGAAGAGACCCAAAUCCGUGGUGCCAGGGUCCAGGCCGCCUCAGAAGGUCUUCGAUUCGCUGGUUAAGAGCACUAGGUUUAACAAAAAUGAACUGGAAGCUUUGUUUGUGAUGUACAAAAAGCUGGUGACGGCGGCGCAGUCGACAGCCCCGCCGGCAGCCAUUGGACAGCCUGCAGCUAAAGUUGAUGGCAUAGACCAAGGGACAUUCCGAGACGUAAUGCACAACACUUUUGACCUGGUCACAGAGGAGACCAUUCUAGAACGAGUGUGGGUGACCUGGGAAAGGGGACCUAAUGGUGGUGAAGGAGCCCUGAAGUUUGAAGCCUGGGUUCGAGGGUUAAGCAUACUGUUGAAGGGUACUGAUGAAGAGAGAACGGCACAUUGUUUUGCUGUUUACGAUUUGAAUAGCGACGGCUUCAUUACCAGGGAUGAAAUGUUUUUGCUGUUGAAGAAUGCACUUCUCAAGCAACCUGGUGACGAGGACCCUGACGAAGGCGUCAGGGAUCUGGUGGAACUGGUGCUCAAGAAACUUGACGUCGACAAGGAUGGGAGCGUCUCCUUAGACGACUAUAGACAAGCUGUGGAACAGGAGCCAUUAUUAUUAGAAGCAUUUGGUCAAUGUCUCCCCACGAGAAGACAAGCGACCGCAUUCCUCAAGACUCUGAAUACAAACAACAAAUCAUAGUUUAUAGGUUGCUCAGUUGUAAAUAAAAAAAAUACAUACAUACAUACAUAUAGUCACGUCUACAACUCUUGCGGGGUAAACAGAGCCAACAGUCUUGAAAAGACUAAAAGGUCGUGCGUGACUGUAUGGCAAUAUGAUGGAAUUGAAAUUCAAAUAGUGACAGGUUGCUAGCCCAUCGGCUACAAGGAGAAUUCAAUGUUUAUUAGCCUUUUACGACAUCCAUAUGGAGUGGUUCUAUUCUAUAGUGCAGGGAAUCUGAA